GGUGAGGGAAGCCUCAGGCUGGAAAAGCAAGGACAAGCAAAUGCGGUGGGUCCUGCACCAGAGAUAAGGAAAAAGCUGGUGUCCACACACUUUUUUUUGCCAUUCGUUCGGGGCUUCCUCUGAAAUCAUGGGCCAUUGGCAGUCUUUCCCUAGAGAUUCAACAUGAGGCGGACGCUGCUGCUACUGCUAAUGGUGCAGAGCCAGAGCCUGGAGGGACUUUCCCAGGAGCCGAUUCCCCUCUUCCGACUCACUCAGCCGGGAUCCUGGGACAGCCGCGCCACCGACUCGCCCUGCGAGGGUCUCCCUACCACGGGAGCCACGGCCCUGAACCUGGCGAACCACAACCUGGAGCGCCUGCCCAGCUGCCUGCCUCGCACGCUGCGCAGCCUCGACGGCAGCCACAACAUGCUGCGCUCCCUCAACACCUCUGAGCUCGGCAGCCUGCCAGAACUGCGCGUGCUCACUCUUCACCACAACCGCAUCUCUACCCUGCACUGGGACUAUGACAUACUGUCCGGGCUGCAUGAGCUCGACCUCAGCUACAACCUGCUGCCCGGGCUGCCGCCCUGCGUGGGACCCACGGUGCGCAGACUUCGCUCGCUGGCACUGGCCGGGAACCCACUGCGGGAGCUGCAGCCACGGACCUUCGCCUGCUUCCCCGAGCUGCAGCUUCUCAACCUCUCCUGCAGCGAGCUGGGCAUCAUCGCGCAGCAGGCCUUCGCUGGGGAGGGCGGUGGGCCCCUGGCGGCGCUGGAGGUCUUGGACCUGAGCGGCACCCACCUCGAGCAAGUUGAAUCCGGGUGGAUCAGAAACCUGCCAAUGCUCAAGUCCCUCUACCUGAGAAAGAUGCCCAGGCUGAAGACACUGCAGGGAGACAUUUUCAAGAUGACUCCCAACCUGCAGCAGCUGGAUUGUCAAGACUCUCCAGCACUUACUUCCGUCCACACAGAGAUCUUCCAAGACACACCCUUUCUACGGGUCCUUCUGUUCCAGAACUGCAACCUGAGCUCCUUUGGUCCUUGGACUGUGAAUUCCUCCCAGGUCUUGUCUGUCAGCCUCUUUGGCAACCCUCUCACUUGCAGCUGUGAGCUGGCUUGGCUUCUCAUGGAUGCAAACAAAACUAUCUUACACAGGGCAGCCAAUACCAUGUGUGAGCCUGCUUCAGGAUCCAAGGGCACCUUCUCAGGCCCUCUCUCCCUCUCCCAGAUACCCAGUGUGUGCAGGUCAGACCAAAGCACCACCCUCCUGCCUUCAAACCCAUCCAACUUUGAUCUCUCAGUUUCUGCGCCACAGACACAGGGGCCUUCCAUUGGACAGAGCACGACCCUGUCUGCUCAGUCCGGAGGAAGCCAACAAAAUAUCACCAAGGUCCCCUCCCUCACCAUAGUUUCACUUGCACAAGGGUCAUGGAUGCAGGGAGAUACUUCGGGGAAAACUGCCCAGUCCACUACUGCCUCUGUGACAGUUUACAGUCCCUCCAGGGCUCUGCCUGGUGCUUCCAGCACAGGGACAGAGCGAACUGCCACCCAUUUCCUUGAGCCCAGUGUCUCAUCUGUCCCUACCCCACUUGUCAGCAAAUAUCUUGGACCCUUGCCUACUUCACCGAACCCCAGAAGCACAUCUCCGACCAAUCAGAGGAUGCAAGCAACCCCCAAGGCUCUCCACACGGAUCCAACACAGGAAGAGAUUCCAGUCUUGCUAUUAGACGAUGACAGUGAGGAAGGUGAGACUUGGAGCCAGGUGGCAGCACCUCACCAGGAUGUCUCUUGUGAUUACCAACCCUGCAAGCACCUGCAGACCCCAUGUGCAGAGCUGCAGAGUCGUUUCAGAUGCCGUUGCCCUGGUCUCAGUGGGGAGGAUGUCAUCCCAGACCCUCCUAAGCUGCAGGGGGUGUCAGAAGUGACUGACACAUCAGUGCUCAUCCACUGGUGUGCCCCCAACUCAGCAGUGCUCUGGUACCAAAUCCACUACUUGGCAGAAGGAGGAUCUAGGAACCAGUCAGUAGUGGACAUCUAUGCUACAGCCCGACAGCACCCCCUGUACAGGCUGUCACCAGGCACCACCUACCAUGUGUGUGUACUGGCGGCUAACAAGGCUGGCCUGAGCCAGUCGCAGGCCUCAGGCCAGAAGAGGUCAUGUGCCACUUUCACAACCAAGCCCAGCUCUGUGGUCAUCUUCUGGGGACUGUGUACCGCCAGUGCCCUGUUACUUGUUAGCACCAUGGUGCUAUCUGUGUGUCUCUGGAGGUGGCGCUGGAAGCCACACAGGCAGCUCUAUGACACACACCUGGUGGCCUUCAAAAACCCAGCCAGGGCUGAGGAAGUAGCUCAGUGGUAGUGACUUGCCUAGACCGAGCAAGGCCUUGGGUUUAGUCCCUAACAUCCAAAUCAAACACACUUAAAGCCUUGGGCUUUUCUCCAUCAACCAAAUUAAACAACAACCCAGCCUGUGACCACCUGCCAAGGCUGUAGAUCUUCAAUUAUGCCAG